CGUCGCGCUAGAGGAUAGUGGACGCGCGAAUCGCACUUCUCUUCGAGACGUCGAACAUUCGAUACGUUGUGCCGCACCACGUUUUCAAUCCUCGCUCUUUUUCCUCUUCUUUUCUCUUUCUCUCCCUUUUCACUUUUGUAUUUUCACUCAUUUUCUCGUUUCUUCCCUUUUCUCCCGCCUUUUACACUCAGCUUUCCGUUCGACGUCUCCUCUCUUUUGGAGCGAAGCAAACGUCAAACGUUGGCGGCACGAUCGAUGGUACGAUCAAAAUUAUCAAAGUUAUAACGUGCAUGAUCGUAAAAUAUUUAUCCAACAGUCACGGCGUCGUGUACUCGAGAAUCAGUGUUUCAGUGCGUCGCGAGUUUUGUUUCAACAAGUUCACCGGUAGUCGAACGAAGACAGUGGACAGUUGAACAAUCCCGGUGCUCGGCGAUCUAUCCCUCGCUUGUCAACCCGAUUAAGACGAGUAUCCGUUUCGCAGUGACAUCCGUGAUAUCUCGAUCGUUUACGUGGAAUGACUUUGUGAGAAGCGAAGAAAAAGUGGAACGAGGAGCCCAGUGGAAUUGACAAUCGAUGCGCGAUGGCGGACGAGUGGCGUUUCUCGUGAGGAGGCGGCAACGCGAAGGACGCGAGGAUGGGUAACAAUGGGAGCAGCUCGCGGGACGAACACGCGGUGUCCAUGUGCUCGAAUGGGCUGCCAGGGUCGGAAACGAGCCGCGGGUGGUCGCAAUCGUUUCCUCGGGAGCUCGGGAGGCAUCGUUCGCAACAGCCCACGGCGGCGAGGAAGGUCCUGCCCGAGCCACCCAAUCAGAGGCUGCGCGCCACCGACAACGGGAGCAUCAUUCACAACGGCGGGACCAUAAGCGGCCGCAGACCACCGGCGUUCGCGUCCUCGCGCGACCUUAGCAAGCACGAUGCGCCGUUCCGAGGCAGGAGCACCUCCGCGUCGAACGUGGUCGAGUCCCGCUCGCGGAGGAUAGAGCGACACUGUCGUCGUUACCAGAGCGACGCCAGCCACCAGGAGCUCUCCUUGGAGCUGAAGAGGUUUGGUAGCGAGCCGGACCUUCGCUACUCCCCCGACACGAGUUCGUCGCUCCAGGAUCGAACCAAUCCUGGGAAACUGGCCGAUGGGGACGAAGGAAGGUCCUCUGGUUACAGACGCGGCGACAGGGACGCCAAGGAGCGCGUCGAGAGCAGAUACAAGGCCAGGAAGAAGUACAAAGCUCCUGCUCCGCCGACGUUGCUUGAGCUCGCCAACAACCCUCAGAACGGCGAUCCCAGGUGCGCCAGAGACUUCGACGCUCGUUGUCGGUUCGAACGAGAGGUCCAACCGCCUCCUAGACGCUCACGACUGUUCAAGACCAGGGCGGAGUCGAAGAAGGCUCAGGUCAGCUGGCAGCUGUCUGGCCUGAACCGUGCCUUCGAUCGCGAACGUGGACGUGGACGGGAACCUAGCGAUAGAAUCCACGAUUGUAGGAAUGAUACCUCGCACCUGCACGACGGACCCUCGCACCAAGUCAAGGCGGACCCUCGUCGCGGCAACGAGACGCUGACCGCCGUCGAAUGGCAGGAUCGCGAGAGGAUUCGUCGUUCCGACGACCAUCGACAGCGUUCCAAGCUCUUCGAUGGAAAGAACACGCUCCAGAGGAGCAUGAGCAGCCCGGAAUUCCAGGCAGAACUCAUCCAAGUAGCGAGAAAAGUGCGCGACAAGCUCGAUUUCACGGGCAACGAAUCGACGACCGAGUUUCGAUCGCUGGAUAGGAGACUGGAGGUCUCCCUUAACUCCAUGGGAGAUCGACAGUUCGAGGAGGGAAGAGAACGCGCGGAGAAGAGCCCUGAAAGGAGAGUUAGCCGUGAUUCUAAUGAACGCGUGUCUAUGAAGAGCAGGAGUGGAAGUGGCAAGUGGGUAGAGGAACGAUUUAAUGCCGAAAUCAAAGCAGAGGGACCCUCGAGUCCUGAUCGAGACGAAGUUAGGAAGCCCUUGAGGGAGAGGCGGGAAAGCAAGGUGGCGGAUCGUCGUCGACGAGCCAACGAAAACGGGAAACACGGAAAACGCAACGAGGACUAUGUCGGUGUAGUCGGUCGAAACGCAGUGGAAGCAUCGUCAACGCGUGGUUCGAAGGAUGCGCGAGAAACUAGAGGUUGGGCAGCUGGGAGGGCGAGCACACCAGAAACCCAGGAGAGGAAGGCUGGGGAUAAGGAGAACUCGGACCCCAGGUGGUGGAAUGGCGAUGCUGCGAGCAAUCGUCGGAAGCAGUUGCCCGAAGAGAAAUGGCCUGCGAUCGUGCCACCUGAGAAACCGGAAACGAAGCUGGGACCUGCCUUUCCCGAGGAAGGGAAGAUCCUAGAGGAACGUCGUCGAGAGGACGACCAGUUCCUCUCGUCAGCGCAGUCAGCUCCAAAGACGUUCUAUUUCGGCAUGAACGAGAUACUGACGAGCGAAUCUCGCAACGACGCGCACCACCGAAAGGAGGACACACGAAACAAGUUCCAGGACAGAGACGACGGCAGAUCUUCGGUGGAAACAGCUGACGAUACGGAUGACAACUCGGGGCGAAACGUAGUGGAAGACAUCUCCCUAAAACUGCGACCAACCCUGCCAAAAAAACAGCUGGAGAUUCCACGGUUUUCGCCAUCGGCGGCGUGGAGAUUGCUGUCAGCUUUGGAAGCACCAGGACCUAGCAUGAGCACUGCCAGCGAAGAAAUACCGGUGAUGUUCGAGGAACGCAUAGAGCGUCUCUCGAGGCCACCGCCGCCACCGCCGCCAUUGCUCGCGCUGGGUCCUCGUAGUCUACACGACAAGUCUGGAGAUUCGGGUAUAUCCGGUGACGCUGGGGCAGCGAACGACGAUUCCUUGGACGUGAGUACCAUAAACAGGGUGAAGGCACCAGCGACGAGACCGACGUGGACGCCACAGCAGGACUUGGGCGAAGAGUCGAGUAGCGACGCAGGCGUCGAUUCGCCACCACCCCUGCCUACCCCGCUCAAGUAUCCCCCUAGAGCCCACGUCUUCUCCCUCUCGUUGCCCAGGGAGGACGCCAGAACGUACCUCUGCGCCCCAGAAACCAAACCCAGAGAAGGAUCGACGUUUAAUUCCCUGAAGAAGCUCAAGAGAUCGGUAUCGGGAGCGUUUGGUAUCGGCGACAUCCAUAGAAAAUCUGCACCCGACGUUCUGGAUGACAAUUGGUUCCUGUCCACUAGUGCGCCCACCUCGCUGCAGCACAACCAGGUCGUCGAGGUGACGCGAGUCUCGACAUCCGUAUGGAGACCGUUCGUGGGCCGCGAACGAUCUACAGAAAACGGUGACGAUCCCGAGGAAAACGUCGACAAGAUCGACGACGAUGAAGAGGAAGACGAUAUAGACGGUGCGGAAGACGAAGACGAAGAGGUGGACGCAGAGGGCGACGACGAAGUCGAAGAAGACGCAGGCGACGAGGUGCUGUCGCAAAGCAAGUUCAACGACUUUCCCGUCAUCAUGAAAGCUCCUUCCUUCUCGUAUUUGACACCUGGAGGCCACGUCAUGUACCUGCCAGAGUCGAACGAGGCCGAGCAUCGGGUGCUGAGUCUGAACGGCAGAAAAAUAGCUCCCACGGGACAGGAGGACGUUACCAUUCGCGAGAAAACUUGCUCAAAGGAAACGGGGAACGGAAACGACCGCGUCUCCUCGACGAAACGACGUUCCAAGAACUCAAGGUCUUGCAACGGUGGUGUCGCGAGUUCGAGGACGACGGGUGAGUCUUCGAGCUUCGUCGAAAGGUAUGAGAAUACAGGCGAGGCUAAGCAGAGGCGACACUCGUCUCCUUGCGACCGAACGCCUAAGAGAGAACCAUCGCCAGAGUCGAAGGAGAGGAAACCGCAACCAAAGAACAAGUCGAAGAGCAGACGGUUCACCUUCCAGUCGACGGUAAGACAGAUCGAGAGGCGCAGGUUGGCCGAGAAGCUCUCGAGGGAGGCAGAGGCGAAGGAACGCCAGAGGAAGGGCGAACUCGAAGCGAUGAGGAAGGUCGAGGAAGAGUUCCAGCGCAAACGCGCCAAGGAGAAGGCGAACAUCAGGCAACAGUUGCGUCUGUUCAAGGAAAUGGAGGAGAAUUUUAAUAGCCUGCCACCUGUGGAGUGGGAUGGCUCGCAGCUGUCCCGCGCCGAACCGGAUGGCGCUCCCUCUUCAACAGCUUCCUCUCCAACUUGGCAGCCAGCUGGAAAAUCGACGAGCACGCCUGGAAAGAACUUGGAAGCGAGCAGCGAGUUUCAUCGACAUCGGGAGCCUGGCUCUGGUUCGGGAUCGGCAUCAGACUCGAAGCACCGUCGCAGCGAACAAACCAGCUACCGACCCAAAUACUACGACUGGGCCCCUGAUACCUCAUCUAAUCUAGAAUACAAACAGACUACCGUCCAUCCAAAGAUCGUUUGCGACAUCCCCAAAAGUUCUCCCGUGUUCGUAGACGUGAACGUUCACCCUGGCAAGCCUGUAACGUCAAACUCUACCCCCAGGUCCGACAAUUACAGGAAAGAUUUUGCUCAUGGCGCGAUGAUAGCUAGGUCUUCCUUCGCGAGCAGCGACAGCGAGCUCUCUCAGCCAAACACGAGGCCGCAUUCCAGGGAAACUGGAGUCAAAAGCAAAACCCAUAGAUCUAGGUCGGCUAGUCCAGAACGAAGCGACGACGCGGCGACCUCGGAAGAGGAGACUCCUCUGGAACCAGCGAAACGGCCGAGGAAUCCCACGCACGAUUUCAUACUAAACGGAGUACAACCUUUUACGAAGAAGAAGACUUAUCGGCCGAUUACCUUCAACCCUCAACCCCCUCCACCCAUUCCGAGUUAAUCGUCGAACCUUUUGAUCAUACACGGAAAAAGAUGAUUGGUUGCCCUCACAAAUAAAUUAACCCUUGUCCUACAGCGAUGCGCCUAGAAAGACUGGGGGAGAUAGAGGCUAUGAAAUCAUGGCCCUGUAUCCACUACUGGUUAAAACUAACGAAGACAGUAACUACAAAUAUUAAUAAAAUAACAAAUAUAUGUUUCUCAUUCUAAGCAUUAUUUAUAAGAAUUUCAUACUUUUUAAUGAAGCAGAAUAAUAACUAAACGAAAAGCCUAAUUGUAACCAACAAUAAGGGUGACUAGCACCAAUUACAUUUAGUGGGUGUAACUAUUAUUUAAUAAUUCUGUCUCAGCUAAAUAUUUCGUUUAAGUAACAAGAAAAGGCACAUUCGAAAUAACUUACAAGAUAUAUGACAUGAUUUUACCUUGAUGAAAACAAUCCUAUUUGGGUUGGCUUAACCAGUUAUACUUUUCCGUGUAGGAUGUGUUGCUCUUGAGUAUAUUACAAUCAUUGGUUAAAUUCUUAGAAGCACUGGCGUUUGUUACCUUGAAAUCAUCUCUUUUCCUCUGAGUUUUUUAAUUCGAUUAACUAUUGUACAUUCGAACCGUUAACGAAUACGAGAUACUAAUAAGAGAGCUCAAAUUUGUAAGACGUAAGAUUCUAAAGGACUCUAUUUUUGAGUGGUUAACUGCACGAACGAUUGAAAGCGUAUUUUCGUACAACACACGUAAACAGACGCACACACAAGUACACAGAUACAUAUGUAAUAUAAAUAAAACAUGUCCUUG